AUGACAGUAGCUGUACUUCAGCCCUGCCCUCUGCUGGAUGGGAAGUGUGAGAUCCUGUCCUGGCAGCAAAUGAGUCUGUGUCAGGAAGCUUCAGAAAGUGUCAUGGGGAAUGUGGGGAGUGGGGGAUAUGGGGAGCCCUCUUCACCAGAAGAAAAAGAUCUAGAGAACAGCACACUCUGGUCAGGGGCUAUAGGCAGCUCUUGUUCAGGGCCUCCGAGCUGCAGGUUCACACCCUUUUCCCUGUGUGUCUAUGUCCGUGCGCGUAUCCGUGUGUGUGUCUGUGUGUGUGUGUCCGCCUGCAUCCCCGCUUCUCCCUCCCCGCCCCUCCCUCUCCUAUUUUCCCUCCCCUCCCUCUCGCGCUCUCUCUCUCCUUCUCUCCUCCUCCUGGUCGUAUCGCCACAGUUCCCAGAGACCAGAAGAGAGAGCGCACCUCCCAGCAGAUCCGCACUCUCCCCAGACUAUGGGGCAGCCGGGCUGAGACUGGCCAGACAGACCCUGCAGCAGCAGCAGCAGUCGCAGCUGCUGCAAGUCAGCGAGCCACCCAACGCGGAGACCCUCAGGCAACCAGCGGCACCUCUCGGAGGACGGACUCUCAGAGCCAGCGACUUGCCCGCCUGCGCCCGCAGGACGCACGCGUGCCCUGUUCUUUUGCUAGUUCGCUCUGCUCUCGGAUUUACUGGCGGGCGAAAACGAUGUUUCUUCGCGGGGGGCUCGUGGGGCUUCUCCUUCUUUGUGAAGCUGUGUUGGGCCUUUAUUUUUCUCGGGACACUUACUCAGAAAAAGGUAUUAUUUAAAUGA